AUGAGCCUAAACCAACAGCUAGGUGUGUGUCUGUCCACUGCCGAGUGCAAAGCCAAGCCGCUGAGCCUGCUCGGAGGGCUCAUGCGGCGCACAGCCUCUCUGGACGCCAUCUACUUGUCAGCUCAGUGGCCGCGAGAUCUGCACAGCUACUGCGGCCGCCCAAUGGUUGACAGGGCCACACAGACUCCUGAUGACUGGAAAGAAUUGGAGAGGAUAAAAUUUGUUCAGAAAAAAGCUGCUUUGCCACAGGGUGACUCUCUAGAAAUGAAGUACAUUCGUCAGCGGCUACAACGGACGGCUCAGGGUGGGAGGACAUCGCCCCGCUGGAGCCCUGUCCAAGGGGACCACCAGCUGGGGCUAGCAGCCUUGUCCCCCCCGCUAUCCCCCUCGGUGGCGCCCCCGCCUCCUUCAGGUCCCAUCCCCAUCCAGGCUAGGCCAGGGCGGACACCUCCGGGAGCUCCCCGUAUGCGCAACAGUGUGGAGGGACUGAACCAGGAAAUCGAGCGCCUCGUUUUGAAAGGCAUCUCUGGAUCGGGCACAGAAAAUGAAGCUGAAUUGGAAAGGGUGAUGGGCCCUACACCAGAAGGUCACCGAGCACCCAUAGCAGAGCUCUUUCACUACACCUGCAGUGUGGACACCCAGACACCCAGUGGCAGCGAUGGCAGCAAUGGUUUCGUUGACGGUCCUUCCCGCCAUAGCUCUUCUCGUCCUGACAGCCUAGAAUGUGAUAAAAGUGCCUCCCCAGACUUGGAAGUAAGUGGUCACACGAGCAAGCUGGGAACUAGCCCACAAAUCAACAAGUUCCUUACUAGGGAGCCCCCCGACGGUUGUGAGAAGGUCAAGAUCAUUGACGAAGGAAGGAAGCCUGCGACCAGCCCUAUGAUGGGUGAUGGUACUGAAAGUGUGCUCAAGCCGAGCAGCCAGUUUGUGCUGCGGCCCAGUCAGAGCUCGGCCUUCUGCCCACUCGUGCGGAACCCCUUCCAGGGGGUGCACAGGCCGGGGCCCAUCGUUGACCCUUUCCUGCUCAAUGAGAGGCUCCAGUGAAGUAGGCAACCUACCCUCCUCCCCCCGUCUUUUCUCUGACCAGCCCCCAGGAGGUAGCAAGGUGCCAUGGAAAAAAGAGGAAAGGGCAUUUCAAGGAAGAGUCCUCCUUGCAUGAGAAUGCCUCUCUUACCUCUCCCACUCAUCGUCACCCACGUGCCAUUGCUGUGGUGGCUAGCAAAGUCUGCACUCUUGGCUGCAGCUCCUCGCUUUGCCUCCCACUGUGAUGCGAGCGAAAACGCUGCUGUGCCACCAUCCUCUAGAUUUGCAGUUUGACUUUUUGUUCAUGCUCCCCUUGGAGAAAAACAAGCCUGCUUUAUAGCCUCGACCAUACUUUCUUAUUUUUUAAGGCAAAGCAGCCAUUGUGUUGCCAGAGGGAGUACCAUUUUGUGUGCAAUGAAGGUUUCAAAUGAAGGCUCACUGGCAGCUGGCACAGGGACUUUGUGAACGCAGGAUGCUUAAGUAUCAGUGUAAUUUGUGUUUGUGGCAAGCUGGAAAUGACAUACAGAUAUACCUGAAAUAGUUUCUCCAUUUGCCUUCUUCUUGCUGUGUUCGGCAGCUAUGUGUACAUUAUUAUUGUGCAUUUGUGCAGUUUGGGACUGCAACCAACUUUGUUCUCUGGUGUUACCAUGCAGGAAGGAGUAAUGCUUAGUGAAAGAAGUGUUCUGAACUGGGAACCUGUUUAGCCUCUUGCGUUGUUUGUGGCACCUGCAAUGCUUAUUUGUUGUAGUUGUAGUAGCUAAUGUUUGGUACCAGGCUCUAACCAUAACUCUCUCCCCCCCCCCCUUUUUUUUUUCAUGUAUACCAUUUAGUUGGCUGUCACAAAUCACAAAGCAACAAUUUCUUUAAUUCUGUUUCAUUGUACUGCUGAUCAUUUCGCUGCAUUUCUAAUAACAUAGUUCUGACGCUAAGGCUUUACUAAGCCUUGAUAUUACUAGACUUUAUUUGUAUUUUGUGUGUUCAUGAAAUACAACACUCGGACAGGUUUAAAUUUCAAGGAACUUGCUUUUACUUUUUGCAGAGCUUUGAAUGGCAGCCCGUGAAUGAUACAAAGGAUGUUAAAAUCAAGCUCAAAUCAAUGCAUUUUCUGGCUUCCUAUUUCUCUGAAGUUACCAUGAAAUUUGCUAUCUAACUGCCCAGUUACGGUAGUAGCAUGAAUUCACAUAUUUGCUUAAUGUUCAUGGUGCUUCAAACUUGAUAAAAACAAAGCCACAUGUUUUUGGUGCAGUUUGGACAAGAACCUUUUACCAGGCCAAUAGCAUGCUGACUGACCUGCUAACUUCACUGAUUGCUUCACCGUAUGGUGAUACUGUAGAGACUCAAGUAAGGACUGCACCCGCAUAAGUGCUGUACCCCCAACUUGGCAGCCCAAAAUUCGGGAAGAAGAAUUUCCAUCAGAGAAGCAAUUGCCUUCAGUUCCUCGAUGCUGUGCUUGCGCAUCGGCAAAUUUUCGCGCGCUGCGCACUUCUGUGUGCCCCUACUAGGUGGCAAUAGCUGCACGUUUACCUCUGAUGCAGUGGUACAUUCAGGGAUCCGGGGUGUGCAGUGGUCGCCGGCUGCACCGACACCAUUUUGACUAAAAGGUUCAGUCCUGUGUAAGGGUCGUACCUCAUCACAGUUGCGAAAAAUAAGUGCAGCCCUCCCGUGAGUCUGUGCGGUAUGUCACAUGGUUCAUCACCUUCACAAUCUUUCAGUUUGCACUGGAGCUGAAUAACUUGAACGGUUUUUAAUGUUCGAUAGGUGGUUGUCAGACCUGGAUGGACUAAUGCAUUUGGGGCACUUUCGAUGUGCUGCUGUGAUGGUGCAGUUCAUGAAAAACUCAAGCAGAGUUAAAUGAGAAGAUUGUUUACUGUGCAGCUGGUGUUAUUUGUCUUCUAAAAAGGCAACAAAGAUACAAGCUCCGAACCAUUAAAAGUUUAAGGCAGUCUUGAUCAUCUCUUGUGUGUGGUCCAAAAGAAAAGCAUUGACAAUAGAGAUACUGUUUACUAGUGGAUACACAAAAAUCACUCUGAAGUUGGUUUUCUUACAAUAGUCAUGACAAAUUCAAAGACUGUAGUACUGUUUUCUUUGAAACACUUUUUCAAAUAAAAUUUGUUAUAUGCUUUUAAGCAUUUGAGAGAGGCUACCUUGUAGAGUUAAUUUCAGUUCUUUUUUGUGGAAAGAUUAUAAGUUUCUUAUUUUUUUUUACCUAGAAUUUCAGAAAGGAAUGGAACCUUGGCCAUUUUUAGGAGCAGUUAUUUCAAACAUCAUUAAUGCAUUGCGUAGUUAUCUCGCUUAACUGUUAAGACCACUGGCACAAUUUUUGGUUGGAGGCAUUUGUUUAUGCUUUCUCUAAAUGUAGCAGGGAGCAAAAUUUCAAAGCUUGCGAAGCCUCGAUGGACGUAGUAUUUGUCAACAGCUUAUGUUGUAUUUUUCAUUCAACCUUUAAAUUUAUGUUAGAGAAAGAUACGAUACGUCAAUUUAGACUGGUGGCUCAAUUUUCCACACACGUUUUUCUUUCUUCUUUUGAAUUUCGUGCCUAAACAGCGGCUCAUAACGGUGGUAUUGUGUUGUGCACAAAUGUAAGAAAAAAAGGACAAAGACUAGCAGACAGCGCAAUACCACCGUUAUGAACUACGACCAACUCGCCCAAGCAUCUACCCUAAACAGUGGCACUGUUGACAUAGGUGUUGUGUCACAGAUGUUGUGGUACUUGCGCAUUUCUGGCCACUCAUGCAUAAGAGUAGCCUGCAAGAGUUGCUAGGUUGAGUCUUUGCAUACUCUCAAAAUGUAAUCCUUUUCCUGGUGAUCAAUAAUCGACAAGCCGCCUCUGCAAAUGACUGGGAUGUCACGGAGAGCUGACAUGGGAAUUCCAUGGUGGUGUUACCACAGUCGUUUAGAUUUUGCAUCCUUCCUGGCAUACUAGGCCAUGACUCAUGGUAAGAAUGAUAUAUUUUAAAUCACAGAAGUUAAUUCUGUCAAGCUAGCUUAAGUUGGCGUUUCUCUGCCUCUUACAGCUUUAUGUGGAAUUACUCUUUGGCUGACGUAGCAAUCUUUCGACCGUUUUGCUUUCCUUUCACAUGGCUGUUCCCAUCACUAGCCCUCUGGUUUUAACAUGGCCCUGCAGGACUUCUUGAACAUGGUAACCAGACAAUGUUGUCUUGAAUAUCUGAACGAAAUAUCCCUGUAUGUGCAGCUGGGAGCUGGCUUUACUCUGAAGCAGAAACAAAACCAGAGGAAUCUCAUUUGUGGCAAAGUGGUGGCACCCUCUAGUGGGAAGAGCAAGGCCACAGCACCAAUACUCUGGCAUAUGAAAUGAGGCUUUCUGGUAAAGGCUUGCACCACACAUUCUUAAGGUUAUGCUGAUGUGAAAGCUCUGUGUUAUGGUCAGUAGAGUAUUGUGUAUAUUAUUCCCUCAGACAUUACACCACACUACAACUUUGAGCUCAGCGUGAACGUAAAGAGGGAGGGGAAGGUUGUGAAGGUGUGGCUGGGGCAGCAGUUGGUUGCCGAUAACCCCGCUCAUGCUAGGUACAUUCAAAAACACUUGUUGGAAAAUAUUUGUGAGGAGAUGCCCUUUAAUACAAGACACCUUACAUGCUUUUCAUAACAUGUACUUGGGGGCUCCUUUAAGGUGAGGUAGACAUUAAAGUAUUGUGUUGUGAGUACUUUCCAUGUUUCAUCUAUUUACUUCUUUUUGAAGAAAAAAAAUCUAUUGAAAGCUUGUGUGAGUAAGAAGGUGACAAAGAAAACUGCUAGCACUGCAGUGCUUGGUACUUUAGUGCUGUUAUCUUUUGCUGAAUGAAAAAUGCCCAGACCAAAUGAGGCUUCACUGCAGCUGAAUUACUGCCAGUUAAUGUCUCCUUGUUUUUUAAUAUUCUCUUUCAAAAUUUGCUUUGUAGUCUGUAAGAAGUAUAUAGACAUUUAUCUGUAAAGUUCGAUGAUUGCUUUUAGUCGUUUUCUCUUGCUUAACUAAUCAGCACAGUGCCUAUGGCAAUCUUUCGCCUAUCUAUAUGGCUUUAGGUUCUUAAAGUCUCGUUUAUCUGACUGCACCUUGUGAAUCAUUUCUCAAGAGUAUCGUGUGUGAUGCUGCAUGAGCUCAUGUCAUGCAUGCACAGCACGGCACUUGCACACUUCGUGUACCACACAUUUGUGGCCGUUUUGCAUCCAUGUGAAUAGGGAACACGUGAGCACAGUUGGGAGCUUUAGUAAUAGUCUUGGACUUAACUCUGGGAUAUACUGGGCAUCUUUUUUCUGAGCAGCAGCUCUUCAUCUGAUUGAGAAAAUCUGAAACAUGGGCAAAUUUUGUCAUGCGCUCAGUUAGCCAAGUUUUGUUGCAGUUGAACUUGGAGCAGUGAGUGUCUAAGAGAGUGUGAUGAUAACAAGAAAAAAGGUGCGUUCAGCCAGUCCAUCUCCGUAUAACAUACUUUCUCUCCGUAGCUGUAAAGCUAGCAUUACUGCAAGGCAAAGUACCAAGAUAAUAGCAACAUGGCAGUUUUUUCAGUCACUGCUGACACAUAAAAUGCAUGCACUUUAUUGUAUGAAACAUACAGAAGUGAAUCUCAUAAUUAAGCUAUCUGCCACAGCCAAUAGCUAGCAUGCCUAAUUCUAGCUCGGGCUUUAUUUGAACGGUGACAGGUGUGGCCUUUAGUUGGGCAGAUGUACAAUGCGGUAUAGCGCACUUGGAAAAUGAGAAGAAGGUCUGGCGUAUAAGACCAUUUCUUACUGUGAGCAAAAUUCUCAUGUUAUGCCAUAUAUAUGCGCAAUAGUGAGCACCACUUUUCACUCGCGUUUUAGGUAAAAAAUAGCAGUAUGUUGUGUUGGGAUCAUCAGAGCCCACAAUAUACUGUUACUUGGCAAAAUCUUGAAAUUGGCGUCUCAUUGGCGUCUCUUGCUUCUUCGAAAAGCAGACUGCUUAAUGCUGGUUUGUUCCAUGAUAAUUGUUACUUAGUUAAACUUUUUUUUUUUCACAGAUCAACUGAGUUUCAUAAAUGGAAGUGGCAGUUAUGGAGAUUGUACACCUUUCUUUUCAGUGAUGCUGGAAGAUUGCCACUAUAAUUGAAAAGAAAGAUGUACUAUCAAUGCAUUCUACCGGUGCUAACAUAUGGGGCAGAAACUUGGAGAUUGACAAAGAAGCUCGAGAACAAGUUAAGGACUGUGCAAAGAGUGAUGGAACGAAGAAUGUUAGGCAUAAUGUGAAGAGACGGGAAGAGAACGGUGUGGAUCAGAGAGCUAACGGCUAUAGCCAAUGUUCUAAUUGACGUUGAAAGAAAAAAUGGAGCUGGGUAGGUCAUGUAAUGCGUAGGUUAGAUAACCGGUGGACCAUUAGGGUUAGAGAAUGGGUACCAAGAGAAGGAAAACGCAGUCAAAGAUGGAAGAAGACUAGGUGGAGCAAUGAAGUUAGGAAAUUCAUGGGCGCCAGUUGGAAUCGGUUGGCGCAGGACAGGGGUAAUUGGAGAUCGCAGGGAGAGGCAUUCGUCCUGCAGUGGACAUAAAAGAAAAGGAGGAGGAGGAGGAUUUAUGCGUGACUUGUCUAACAAAAACAGUGAAUAAUUACCGUUCAAAUUUUUUGCAAAGGUUGCAUUUUGCAGUGGGUUUAGUUUAUUGACAUGUUUGCGAACAUUACUCGUUUUCUUCACACAUAUGCCAAACUGCUCAUUGUGUGUGACAAUGCCUCUUAAAGAAAUUUACUUUCAUGCAGUGUAAUGGUGGCGUUAUCUGUCACCACUGUGCUACCUCUUUGCGAAAAUUGACUGGACAUUGUCCAGCGGUGUUGCUGAAAGAGUUGAGCAUAACUGGCACUCCUGUUUAUGCGACUCAGUAGAAGUGGCAGUAAACCGAGGAAUUGUUGAAGGGAGAGACCUGGAAUUUUGAUGAUUCAUGCCUUUAGGUCAAAGUGGAUCGUGCUUCAAAAUUUUUUUUGCCAGGGAGGUAGAACUACUAUUACCAUACUUAAUUUCUUUUUAAAAGUCAUUGUGAGUACAAUUCAAGCUUUUUUCACACCACUGUAUUUUCACUAACUUCUCUUCAGCUGCAUUUGUUAAGUUGGGGUUUUCUACAUUUGUUCAGACAUGCCAUGGAGCUCUGAGAACAAAUAUUGUCAAUCUGCCCUUUAUCUUCAUGCUGAGAAGUAUGACAAACCUUUGUCGUUGCAAGUAUAUUGCGGCUCAAUGUCAGUGGUUACCAAGCCAUGACCUGACUGACUUUGUUCUUGCAAUAACCACGACUGCUUGGGUGUGUCUUUUUCUUAUUUUCUUGUGAACCUACAUUUACUUUUUUGUUCCACUUAACACAAGUGCUUUUUAUACUGCAGGGCUGAUAACAAAAAGGUAUUCUAAGAAAGUGUGGGAAAAGCAUUUCUGUAUGUUAAAAAAUUCCAUUGAGGCACAGUUUUCUAGCUUCUGUGCUGCUUAAUCAUAGGCAUAGUUAAGAAUUAAAUUAUGUAAAUGUUUAAAGCAUACUUUUGCCAGCAAGAACUAAAUGCCAUUCAAAUACUACACAUGUAUUGACUUACUGCUUUUCCAUGAGUUCAUGUUGAUGUAGGUGCACUUGCGGUUUACUCAUUUUCCUGAAAAUUUAUUUUGGGCACGAAUAUCUAGCAGUGUCUAUCAAAGGGUUCACUUCAAGUCCAAAACUACCAUAUUGUCUUGUGUAGUAGGCCUAUCUGCCUUUCAAAAUUUUAUGCAGACGGUUCCAAGGCAUCUCACUGACAAAAAGUGAAGUAUUGUUAGCCAAACAUUAUUUUAUAAAUGUUAAGCUCCAGCUUUUAACAAAUUAUAACUGUGCAUGAGUGCUCACCAGAAGUGCCCAUUUAGCUUGAAUUUUCAGUUUGGUACGGGGAACCUUAAAUGGUAUCUAGAUUGGUGAUAUCAGAAAGUUGAGAAUACGUUGCUGUAUAGUUAUGGCCGUAGCUCACAGGUACCUAUCCUGGUUUUGUUACUUGCUUGACAGGAAAGUAGCACUUUCUGCCCCCCAAGUUAGGUUAAUGGUGCAGCUUAUGUACUGGAGCAAGCGAAAAAACACUAUCAGAUAAACAUUUAAUUUAAGGUUGGGGGUUGCGACUGUCACACAGGUCCCCACAAUAGUUUUUCAAAAUUUUUCACUUCGCAGAGUUACUAGUUGCUAUACUGAAUCAUUUUGCAGAAUUGGAAGGGUGAUACACUUGGCAGUUAUUUGGCAGAUUUUCACUCCUUCUUAAUAUGCACAUGGCUAAAUGUAAAACUAUGUUGUAUUGUAAAGUAAAUCUGUGCACUUUACUGAGUAAAAUUAACCUUUACUUGAAACAGCAAUGAGACACUGAAUGCCUUGCUUCUUCCUUCUCUUUUUUAGCAUUCACAGCUCAUCAUAAAUUUGAGGCAUGAGUUACAUUUCUGCAUGUCUUCUUUAGUAGCUGAAAUCUAGUAACACAAUACUACAUAACAGUUGAGGCAACAUUAAUGCAAGAACAGUCCUUGUGAACACAGCAGAUUUGAUGCAUUGGCAAAAAAGAAAACAUAGGUCAAGUUUUAGCUGCCUGCUUUUAUUCUCUUAUAAUGUGCUACUUGGUUAAUACUAGUAAAAUGUAGCUGCUUGACACUCCACUUCAAUUACAAAGCUUGUUGCCUCUUGUGAACUUGUAGGUGCUAUUGCCAUUUGCUUCUUUUUUCACUCGGCAUUUAUGUUAAGCUCAGCAAUUGAACGCUAUUGGGAAGUUAAGCCGACAUUCUUCAUGGCCUCACAUCAAGCUAUGUCUUCCUGUAAACUAAGAAUAGAAGACAUUGAGCUUGCUGAUUAGGAACAGUGAGUAUCUUUUAUGAACGUCAUUCGUCUAAUCUGGUGAGUGUUUUUGGGGCAUCAUUAUCACUUUUAGCUUUGACCUAAAAACUUGCGUUUGGUAGUAGGCUAGGCUUGGGAUAUCUUACCGGAGCAAAUCAUUGUUAGCUUUGCAGUGAGGGAGACUGGAUUCAUGCACCUCCUUGAAAUUGUUGUAAACCCUCGAAAUUUGGAAAAGGGAUUCACGGGCCCUUGGAAUUCCUUAAAACUUGAGUUGGGGGUGGACUUUUCAGCAUUAAAAGUAACAAACUCUGUAUAUGGGCUAUGCCAUGGACACUGUCUAUUGGGAAACAAUCCUAGAUAUUUUCUUCUGAGUGUGUCUCGAAAUGAUUUGUAAUGUGCCACAUCCCCAACCACUGACGACAGGCUUGUUUAUAUCACUGUUGCCGUUGUGGAGCUAGACAAAGCCAGAUCAAGCAACCAAGAGCUGUGCCAGCAUUUUUUUUUUGCUAGUUUGUUCAAACCACACUCAUCGUGGCUCCAUAUUAGAGCUUUGGGCUCUAAAAAAAAAAGCCUUGCGGAAAGCAAGUUUUAGCCAUUUGGCUUAAACACAACAAGUAUCUUUGGCUGAAGUUGCACACUCCUAAACAUCAUGCCAAAAAAUCAUUGACAUCAUUACAAUCAGAAAUUCAGCUUAGAAAAGCAACCUGAAGAUUGUGAAGUAUGUGUCCUACUCAGCAGCUGCUUAGCUCCAAGAAUUGCAGCUUAGAAAGAUGUUUUACUAUUUUUCAGUGUAUGUGUAUGAAUAAGGUUUGUUUCCCUUUCCUUGAACUUUGCCCUUUGGCAUGUGUUCUGUACGAACCCUGGGGAAAGCAGAGAGUAUAAUUCAGAUAUGAAAGUCUGUUUCUUUGCAUGGUUGUUCCGCACAGCACUUUUUUUUCUUUUUUUAAUAAAGAUGUGAUUUCUGGCGAGGCCUCUUACCUAUGUGCCUCUUUCACUGUCAAAGAAAAAAAAAAUAAUGUUUCCACUUUUAAAACCAUAAAAGGACUGGCACCGUUUGCAUUGUUUGAAGUAUUUCUUCUUGAUUUAUACUGUUUUCUAAGUUGAGAGCCUAUAAAGCAUUAAAUGAAGCUCGAUAAAAACUUUUAUGUCAGAACUUAGCACUUUGCAAGAUUCUUCUGCUGUUGCUUGUUCUGUUUGUAUGUGCUUAAAUGUGUGCACAUUACUAAAAUGAUGCACAGCCAUUUAGCAAACCAUUUCUCUGCUGCAACAUUUAUGUUAUGAUGCUUGUGUAACAUUGCAUUUUGCUUGAUUUCUUUCUAUGUGCAUAUCCAAAGAAUGUAGUGUUUCAUUCAGUGUGAUAACUACAUAUUCCACUCUGUAACUUAAAAAGAAACAAAAAAAAGAAAAAGAAAAAAAGAAACGACUGUUUGUGAACUACCUUAUGUGGCUGUCCAACCCAUUCCGCCCCACCCCAUUCUUUCUCUCUCUCUCUUUUCUCAUUUGUAGUUACUGAUUUGAAGAGCUUGUAACACAAAGUGAAAUAUUUUCAGCAGAAUCCUAAAUUUAUUGUAAUCAAUUAGUGCAGCGCAGGGUAGCAUGUUAAGUUCGACUGUCUUGUGGCUUUUGGAUUAAGAAGCCUUGUACAAUGUACAUAUUCCACAGCAAAGUCCUUCAGAGACAUGCAUGUGUUAGCUUGACCCGAUGAAACGUAAUAUCAAAUAUAUAAAAACAACCUCUUUUUUUUCUAGUAGUUCCGGACCAAUUCUCUCAGCAGGCACAUUGUAAGGUAUUCAGAAACCUGGCAAGGCCGCCAUUUUCUUAAUUAUGCACUUGUCUCAUUUAUAUUUAAGCUUUGUACGUUACACAUGUUUCAUUGUUUCACAGCCAAGUUCUGUGUUUAAACUUUUGCACACACUAAUGAUUCAACGUUUCUGAGAUGCUCCUUUGUGCCUUUCAUUACUUUGGCUGUUGGUUAUCGAUGCAGGGUUCACAGGUGCUUGCUGUAUUUGGCAGCUGCCGUAGUAAUGUCCCUUCUACCCCUGGUGUAAAGUGCCAUUUGUUGAGUUGGCAACCAUGUGGAUCCACUGUCUGCACAUGUGCAUUCUUGAAAAUUUUGCUGGCAUAGCUAAGGGCCCAGUUUCACAAAAGUUCUGUCAUCUUAAGAGCAUUUCCCAAUUGAACAGUCAGCACCAAAGCAAAUGCUACUGAUGAUAAUAUGAUCAACAUCACAAUGAGAACAUCACAGUGGUAACAGCUGUUCCUGAUUGAACAGGACCUAGGCAAGUGCUGCUGGUGACAGUGAACGUCGUCGUAAUGAUGGCCAUUUGUGGUUCGUUCUUGCACAAGAUAAGCUUUGUGAGCCUGGGCUGAAUGUAUUUUAGAAUCUUGUGUCACAUGAUGGGCAUUAUUACGAUUGCACUGACAUUCCAGCCUGCUCUUGAGUGCUGGUCUGAUAAGUUCUGCACGUAUGGUCUGUUGCUGGCAUUAGAAGGAUGAGAUGUGUAGAGAAAAACGAAAAAGGAAAUCGCGCAUCAUGUCAUUACAAGAGAAAUUCUUUUCCCAAAAGGACACAUCAGGAAUUAUGUACCCAAGUUGGUAGUGAAAGCUGACAGUGAAUGCACAACGUUGCCAGAACUGCAUUAAGCUUGCUUGUUCUUUUGCCUGAACACCAUUUAUGCUUACUCCAGUGAAUGAUGCUAUGUGCUCUGAAGUGGCGCAAAAGCUUUUCACUGACAAGAAAGUUGUGUGGUCGUAUAUUUUUGUGCGCAGAAGUAAAUGUCUGCAGUUGAUUACCAAGCAGGAUUAGUUCCACGAGAGUUGUUUGUCAUAUGGUUUCUGUCUUGUCUCUUUGUUCAAUUGUUCAUGAUAAAAACCAUUGAUAAAAAGCUUUGGAACUGAUCCUGUGACCAAUUAUGUCAGAAUCACAACUCAAAAUGUGACAUUGGCUGUGCCUAUAUGCUGUGGUAUCUUGUACUCUUAUAAUAUGCUUGAUGAUGAGCUAACUGCUGUAUUUUCUAUUUCUCAAUUCCCGGUGCAUUGAAAAACAGAAAACAAAAGAAAGAAUGCUAGUCGUUUGGUCAUGAGAGCUGAGAAGGAACUUUAUCCCCCUAUACUGCAUCGUGGCUUUGCUUACAUGCAUGCCUCAGGUAGGUCAUGACCUGCACAAUCAUUCGUGGAAGUCCAGCCUACUGUUAACUUGCCCCAGUGACUUAGUGGCCAUGUCCACCUGCCGAGUACUGAGGUUACCUAUGGGUUCGAUUCCCAACAGUAGGUGCUGCAUUCCAGUGGCUACAGAAGACAAAAAUACCUUUGUGCUAAUGAUUUCGUGUACGUUAAAGGAACCCUGGACAGUUUGAAAUCAACCUAGUGCCCUCCACAACAGCAUGUUCCAUUUGUAGAUUCAGGGUGUAAAAAUUAACUAUGACAUUAUUCGUGAAAUGUACCUAAAAAUCUGCUCCUACUGCUGCUGCUGCCUUUUUGAUAUGUGCUGGCUUUUUGUGCAGUCAUUGGUACUUGGAGCAACUGUCACUCUGUGUGUGUGUGUGUGUUUGUGCACUGCAGUUUUUCGAUUCUGGAAAUGGAAAGACAUGUCUCCUAGCUAUGUUAGACUCUUAGCAUGCUACCCCUUGCAUGCGAUGCCAGUAUCACUGUGGGAAUGUAGUCUUGCGAAAAAGAGUGUCUCUGUGGGUGAAAGUUGUAAAAAGAAAGAAAUUGACAAAAAAACUUGUACCUGAAGAAAAGAAAGGCAGAAGAAGAUGGUCUUCUCCUUUUCUUUCAUGUAAAUAUUGAAUGUUAUAUACAUAUUAUACAUAUAUAUAUAUAUUAUAUACAUGCUCUGUAUGCUACAACACCUGUGAGGUAUCUUUUCCUAUUCUUUCUGUUGGUUUAAUGGAACUGUCAACUCUCCUGUCAAGAGUUGAUUUUUUUGUUUGUGUAUUUUUUUAUAUAUAUUUAGUUGUUUGUGUUCUCACUUGUUGCAAUAGUCGACAACCAGCGGCACCUUGUUCCUGUAUUUAUACUUGUAACAAGAUGCGUGUCUGAAAGAGCUUAGUUUGAUUGUGUAAAAGAUAUUGGACAUGAAUACAAGGGUGUUCUGAGAAGGGUAUUCUCAAUUUAACCUCGAACGCUGCUGCUUUUUUUUUUUUCGCUUGAUGAAACUGUUUUCAAAGCAGAUUGUCGUUACAAAUGAUGUAAGAAAAUAGCUAAAUGCUGCUUAAGUCGAGAACUCUUAGUGACGAUAUCUGCUUCAGAAGGAUCAGAUAUUGUGUUGGUCGUUCUGGGUAUGCUUUUAAUCUAAAUAGGAAAGGUGAAAAAGCAGUGGUGAGUGAGUGAGUGUUGGUAGUGCUUAAAGUGAUGCACAGGGAUUGCCUCCGAGCUGUGAGAGCCAGUGAACGGUUUGCUGUGACCAUUUCAACAGCCCCACGUAGCCGUUCUGCAUUCUCAUGUUUAGGACAUGCACUAGUCAGCUCAGAAGGGUGAUUUAGAACACUCUGGUUGACUCUUGUUUUUAGUUGACCGGGCAGCAAGACAUUUUGGGUGUUGUGAGCUCUCAUGUGGACAUGAAUCCACAGCACAUUGAUCGCAUGAUGGCUAUGUGACCGAGUGUCCCCAUGAAUGCAGUGCUUCGGCACAAGUGGGACAAAUACUUUCACAACAGAGGCCUCGAAGUGUCUUGACCUAGGCAGCUCUUCAAUUUUGCUUGACGAUUUCGGCACACAUAUUCCAGCUCCUUCAAACAAAACAUGACGGGUAUGUGCAAAAAGGUCCUUUAAAAAAUAAUUUCACGAUAAAGUGCACUCACCCCUUGGCACGACAUAUAAAUGAGAAAACUUACAUAACAAGGAAAUCCGUUUCGUUGAUGUCUUAGUCACAGAAAAGAUGGCAUAGGAAAAGCCCUCAGGGACCAACAAAAAGUGCUUUUAAAUGUUAUAUGCUUUCAUCACCCUUCUAACUUCGUUUGGCAUUCUUGCUUCCUUAAUCAAUUGACGAAUAUAGGGAGGGAGCGAGGGAGGGAAUCUUUUUUGUUUGUUUAUGUCUGUCAUUCUCUUCUUGUUCAUUGCUCGGAGAUUUGGGCCUCGUUUCUCUACACCUUUCUGCAACUAACGUCACCCUCUUCCACAUACAGGGCGGCACAAUAUGUGAUCUGCAUACUCGACAAGGAAAUCUGUGAUGUUCAAGCCUGGUUUUGCUUUAUAAGAACAUGCAUUUUUUUUCUGUGUGUGUGUUUUACGACAUGAAAGGAAGGACACAAAAUGUUUUUUGUGCUGUUAUCGACUGUGUAGUACAGUUGGCAGCAAGCUUGCUCUUUUUUAUUUAACAGGAAAAGCCAUGCCAUUGAAGCUCUCCCUGAGAAACCAUGCUGCUAGCACUUGAAAUUUGUGAAGUUUUACUUAUUCAUUGUUACUCAACAUAUCUAUGUUGAGAAAUAAGCUCCUUCACUAAAAUUUCGCCUUUGGAAUGCACAAGUGUGAUGCGUUUACUCACCGCCUCUUUGAUGACAGAUCUCACUGUAGCAGCUUUUCUUUUACUCCUCCCUGCCCCCCAUCUCCUUAACGGGGCAUUUAUGGCAGCCUCAUAUAAUUAAAAAAAAGCAUGAGGGAGUACAUCUGUGUCAUGAAACAGCACAUUUUUUUAGCAGCUUCAUGGCUCAAUAGAGUUAAAACAUUUUCCUGUGCUUUGCUUCAUGCUACUUUCGAGCAGUUGUAGAUAGCUGCUUUUCCAUUUUGUUGAGCAAAUGUUUUCCCUCAUUACCUAUAAAACAUUUUUCUGUGCUUUGCUGUGUGCUGCUUUGGAAAGGUUGUAAUUGUGUGUAUUCAUUUUGUUGCGUGGGAGUUUUCUUAUUACGCACAAAUAAAAAUAGCUGUCAGCAUUUAAGCACUUGCCAUAUGCAGUCAAGAUGUUUCUCAGUAACAUAACGAAGUAAAAAAAUCAGUAUUUGAGUAAACAUAGCUCACCCGGAAUUAUUUCCUGUACAAUGUUUCCAGUGCCAUUGGCGUACAAACCAAGCAUUCCAGCAAGUUGAGUGUCCUGUAGAGCUCGGUUCAGUUUUCAUUAUUGGCUUUUCUUUUUCUGAUAAACCUUUAUUAUUGCUCAUGCUGCUUGUCACUGACUGUCCUCUCUCUCUCUCUCUCUCUCUCUCUCUCUCUUAUUUUGCCGCUUCAAGCACCUCCUGGCCUUCCCCAAGUUCACUUUCAUUCUAACCACUUGAGGUUGAUGCAUGAACCUUUACGAUAAACGAUGGUGGCUAUCGGUGCCAUCCCGUCCUUUCUUCACGAGAGCUCUUUCAGCCUGUGUGGGCUACGCAUGACGGGGAGCCCAUGACAAGACAGAACAAGUAGAAAGAUGAGGAAGAGAGUCGUCUAAUCCCAGUAUUUUUCAAGUACAAACCCAUGUGUACCUGCACCUACGUUCACCUACUGGGCACUCAGUGUUUUUGUCUUCUCCAAAAGCACCAAUGACCCACUUGUCCCUUUGACAAUUGAUGCUGUCAAUUGAUGCUGAUGCUGUCAAUUGAUACUAUCAAGCGAUGCAGGGGCACUGCCUGAGCAGCCUCUGUGCUGAUAAGCGAUGUAAAAGAAAUUCUUCCAAGUGUUGUGCACCUUGUUAGUGUGGCGCCUGUCGACAAAGACCAAGGAAUCAAGCAGACUUUCUUUUCUACAUGCAUAACUUCAGGUGCCCAAGAAGUCGUAAUUUCAGUCUGUAUUUCAUCACACAUACAGUCACAGAGAGUAGGCACCAGUAGUUGAUAUUCUAGUUGAGAUUAAGGGCAAAAGCUGGAAUUGGGUCAGUCACUUAAUAAGUAGAGCAGACAACAGAUCGUCCAUUAGAAUAAGAGAGUGGGUGCCAAAAGAAGGCAAGUACAGCCAUGGACAACGCCAUACGACUAGGUGAUGCCAUAAGAUUAUCAAAUUCACAGGUGUUCGAUGGCAUUCUGCACUCCAAGAAAUCUGAGAUGGAUUAUCGAAUGAAAGAAUGUUAAAGAUAUGAUGUCUAUAACUUUAGAUUUCUCACGAUGCAUUUGAAACAUUAAGUGCAUGACCUAUGGUCAGCUACAUGAUGUGCACUUGAAAUUAAGUUGCAACAGUAAUAGUGAUAAAAGAGCAUUUUAACCCAUUUAUUACUUUGUACCUUCCUUUUCUGGUGCAUUUAUUGUUUUCUUGUUUAUGUACAAAAAAAAUUGGGAAUCUUUUUUUUCUCCCCGGUCAAAGAGCAUGGCCAGUGUUGUUAAAAUUUGUGGUUAGGAGGUGAAAAUGGCUUUGCAAAUUUAUAUUUGACUCGCAUGAUUGGUGCUUGAUCGCACACAGUGCAGCAUGAACAGCCACUACAGAACAUUUCCUUGGGAUGCCAUGAAGUUGCUGCAUCUGGAAAUUAUGCACACUUAGAUGCAAAUGGAAGCUGUUCUCUCUCAUUGUUAAUGUAAUGAACUGUAUCUGCACUGCGGUAGUAGGGUCAUCCCAUCCAAACCGUGGUGCUCGACCAAUAUCUAUUUCUCUCAAAAAAGUUUUAAAGAUUUCACAUAUAUAAACAUUAGUUACACAGUAUUUUCCCAACAUAUUUGGGCAGCAAAAAUCUUUUGCACCUGUGAGGGCCAUUUAAACUUCAUAAAACGAUGGAAAACCAGGUGCGAAUCAAAAAUUUGCCAGAAAUCGACCAUUUCACCCAUUAUUUCAGACAUUGCGUUUUUCAGUUUGAACAUUUUUAUUUAAUUAUAAAACUGUCUCACAGAAUAUUUUUAUGCUCUUUAACCCUUAACACCAAGGUAAAAAUGUGCAAAUUUAGCAUUUUUGGUAAAUUUUUCACAGAAAAUGGUCAUGGAAGAAAACCUGAAAUUAUUUUCAUAGAACUGUCCUUAAAACAUACUAUGUUCUAAAAUAUUAAUUUUGCCUCUGUGCUAUGCGCAGGAUCUAACAUAAAAACAUGAAUUUGGCACAAAUGCUAUUCGACCCAUGUUCAGACGUCUGUAAUACACUAAGGUAGUCCACGAAAAAAUAUGCAUAGAAGUGAAUUUAAUACAGAGGAACACAUUUGCCAUGGAAAUUUUCAUCAAAGUAAUUUGUGUUUUCACCGAAAAAAACAUAUUUGAAUUUGAGUCUCGCCAUUGCAGUAUUUUGGUUCGGACUUCAACUUCACCAUGUAGCAUGCUGGUGGGAAAUACAAACCAUAGUGGCACUGAUGGCAGCAUUUGGAAAGAGGAAUAAAAGUCGUGGUCAUCAGAAGUUUAUAAGCGUUUAAAUCCUGAAGGUAUGCCUACUUAACGUAGGUCGACAAUGUGCACUUUUCUGUGCUACUGGAAGUACACGUAUGUCGCCUACCUACGUGUGAAGUGGCAGAGUGGGCGACAAAUCGCAUUCAUAAGCGUGAACUGGAAACACCAUUUGCAUGACAGACAUUCAGUCACCAUGAAGCCAGUCAAAAAAGAUUAAUACAUUUGGUGAAUAUUGUUGAUAGGCAGCUUUAUCGAGCAUAUUUCACUAGUUCCGUGAUAUCUCUCUGCUAUUACUUCAGCUACUUGGGGCCAGUUAGACAGCAGCCGACAAAGCUUUUGUUGGAACAUACAGCCUUUGUGAUGUCAAGCCUGAAGAAACGAAUAAGUGCAGCUGUUUAUUAUUGGAGGCAUUGUGGUACUUAAGCCAAUGAUAUUGUUGUAUUUUUGCUGUCUUUGUCUUGUGUGUAUAUACGGGGUGAUCAUUUUUUAGUUUUAUGGACUUUUAAAAAAUGGCUGUUGCAGGUAGCAUAAUUCUAGUCCUCGAGUGGGAUUAGUCAGAGGUGAACAUUACUUGCAUGAGAAAUCAAAGCACAUAUUCAGCUAACAAAUAAAAUUUCACCAAUUAGCUUUUUAAUUAGUUACAUUAAAGCACAUAUUGCAAUUUAAAAGUUUAGCUGGCGAGUUUGCAAGGUGUAUCCACUUGAAAUAAAUUUCCAUUAUGACGCCAGUUUGGACAUAUGCACCAUGAAACUCGCUGUAAAAAUGCACUCUUGUUCCACUUACUUUUUUUAACAAAACGCUUUUUUAUGCAUUGAAGCAUCAAAGUAACUUGAACGUGCACAUAUUUUGUCCUUUUUUGGGAAAUAUCUCAAAACUGGUGUCAUCCAGGAAAUUCAUUCCAAGUGUAAACGUCUUGCAGGGGUGAGACUCCUGCGCUAAUUGCGCCAUUAUGAUACGAAAGCAAAUCCCUGUGCCAAAGUACACCAAACACAGAAAAUUUACUGAAAGUGUGCCACGAUGCUCCAGAACGGCUUUGGCAUCUGUGCUCCAGCAGUGGCCACAAACAGCGAGCGGAUUCAUUCUACGAAAAAGAGUGCAGCCGUUCACAUGCUGCACACCAUGCGAUAGUGCCUCUUCACAGUUUCUCAUAAUUUUCACGCUUAUAACACUAGACUCUCUGGUGUUUCCGGCAAAUGGCCGGCGUGUGCGCGACCACUCCCGGCUGCCACCGCUGCUGCCGGAACGGCCAGUGCAGCUGUAUUCAGAGUGUACUGGAAGAUGAUUGAGCGGGCCAAGCGGCGCAGUGCUUCCUGAGGCGCAAAAUAACGAAAAGUAGGCUGAGGGCGCUGAGAGCGAACCAGAUUUUAGGGAGGCGCGCACUGCAGCCGGUUUAGUGGGCGGGCGUCUCUGUCCGCAGGGCCAGUAUAACGUAAAACUAUUCCAAUCUCUUUUUAUGCCCAUGUGGCGAGGCCUGAGCCAUUCUGACCUAUCAUGAAGGGCUAAUGGCGGAUUGGUAAUAAAAACAGAUUGUAAUAGUUUUAUGUUAUACCAGAAAGUUGAGCAUUGGGUGCUUUGGAAUCACCUUGGUCUAUUAUGUAGAAAUGGCUUUCAAAAAUGUCGAAGUUUCACCCGAAGGGCGAAGCAUCGAUUGCGAUAGCAAUUUAGUUGACAGCUAUACGAAGUGAGGAUAGUAGGUUUAGCAGCCGUAUAAACUUAUAAACAUUCGCUUACUAACUAAAUUAACAAGCAUAGUGUCACACGUGCACGAGCAAACGUGAACACAUCUCCGAUGAUCACUGCGCAUACUCGCUGUCAAAAUGCUGGAGUGAGGAAGCGUGGCGGCAGCAGCAGGUAAAUUGACUUUAGUGCUGCCUUUUGCUUCAAUGUGAACUAAGCGGCGAAAACAGCGCACACAAAGCUAUCAGCACUCGGCAGAUAGCUUUCAAGAUAGGGCCCGUGCAGCCGCGCCAUACGCAGCAACUGCCGGAGUAGAACGAUCCCCCCUCUUCCUUCCCCCCGGUGCCUUGCACACGACGGAAGGUGGCAGGCGUUCUCCCCGCUUUCCUCCCUUAUGCAUGCAAGAUUGAGCACUCACACUUACAGCGUGCAGCGAUGACAUUAUCACCCUUGAACUUUAUAUGGAACAUCAUGGUGACGGCAGAAAUGCGCCUGGAGUGUCCAUAUAAUUGCCAUCGCAAUAAUAAAACACAGUAGUUCAUAACUCUGGCUUCUCCGUACUGUCUGUUGAUGAAGCGCAUUUCCAUGCACUUCACCCACAGUGACGAGACAUUAAAAAAAGAUGUAUUUAUAAAAAAUGUCUUCGGCUACUUUUCAUAAUUGCGGACUCACUACUGCAGAAUGCAUGUUUCUUUUUGUAGUUGCUACCGCUAAUUAAAAAUAUAUAGGCAUCACUACCAAAAUUUGCAUGCACUAGACGGUUUCAGCAUCAGGGCAAUCUGCAUAAAAAUUCAGCUUAUGACAUUGCUUAAGACAGUUGCACUACAGCGCUCAUGUUGGUUUAUUCUGUUUCGUUGUGGUUUCGAAGUGAGCUGCCAUAUUCCAUAUUUUAUUAUUCCUCUAAAAUUCAGAUUGGCCUGCUCCAAACUGCUUCAGAAUGAAACUGUAUCUGCCCAAAUUGCUCCAAAAUGAAAUUUAGUCUGCUCCAAGCUGCUCCAAAUGCAAUUUUACUUGCCCCAAAAAUUGCUCCAAAAUUACUUUGGGCAGUCCCGCCCCUGGUCUUGCAGGCUCACGGCUAUGGUUUAUAAAGUGCAAGAGGUGCUGUAAGGUAACUAAGAAGUUCGUUAGUGAUUUUUUGUUGAUUAGUUGAAUAUGUGUUUUGAUUUCUCGUGCUAGUAUUGUCCGCCUCUUUAAACAAUCCAGCUCAAGAACACUAAUUAUGCUAUCUGCCACAGUAAAUUUUUUUUAAUUAUGUAAAGGUUAAAAAUGAUCACCCUGUAUUAUAUAUAAAGAAUAAUGUAUGAAAAAAAUUCCGAGAAACAUAAGCUGUGGAUACAUCGUCCAUUCUUGCGCAGGAAAUUCUGUUGGUUUGCGAGUCCCGCCUACAUGCUAUGAGGUGAAAUCGAAGCGUGAACCAAGAUAUUACAAUGGUGGGACUCAGAUUCAAACAUUUUUUUCUCGGUGACGAAUUUUUCUUUUCUCGGUAGUGAAUUUUUUCAUGGACCACCUUAGUCUGUUGCCAACAUCUAAACAUAAGCUAACAUUUUUGCCAAAGUCUGGCUUUUAUUUUAGAGCCUGUGCACAGCACAUCAGCAGAAGUAAAAUUUUAAGAUACAGUACGCUUUAGGGACAGUUCUAUAAAGAUAUUUUCAAGUUUUCUCUCGUGACCAUUUUUUCUUGCAGGUUUCCCAAGAACACUAUUAUUUGCGCAUUUUCACCUCGAUUCUAAAUAUUGAAAAACAACAAAAAGGCAUUUUGUGAAUGAAAGCACAAUGUUUAGACAAUGCAAAGCUUGAAAUAUUGCGUUAAAUUGUCAAUUUUGGGCAAAUUUUCUUUCGCACAUGGUUUUCAACCUUUUCGUAAAAUUCUAAUAGUCCUCCCGGGCACAAAAAACAUUUUCCGCUCAAAAUGUUUCGAGAAAAUACUGUGCAAGUAAUGCUUAUAUACAUGUAAUAUUUUUUUAAAGAAAUCUAUAUUGAUCAAGUGCCAUGGUUGGAACAGUUGGCGUGGAAUGACCCAGUAAAGCAUUGGACUCCAUUCAUUAGUAUUAUGAGGAGGUUGUCAUUUGUAAACCACUGCUAGUUCAAUAGAGCUUGCAUAGCUUGCACUAUAGAAUUAAAAGAAAACUUGCUGUCAUGAAGGAAAAGGAAACAUUUUACAUAAAUAGCAAUGUUUUAGAAAUUCAUAAAACACAUGAAUAACUAAGAAAUUAUUAUGGCCGCCUGUGCCACCAUUUCGGCAAGCAGUUGGAUAUGUGAAACUGCUUGCGACUAUGAAAUAACGGAAACGCAUUUUAGUUUGAGAUAACUAAAACAAGGCUUGGCAGCCUCAUGUGAUCAGAAAGUUUGCUUGAACCCAUUGUAGCACUUGACCAGGCUGUUGUAUCUGCUUGGGCACCACGAAGUUCUUGCUGCCCACUUGGCAAAGUACAAAGCGUUGAGUGUAAGGUAGAGAAACCUUGUCCCCGUCCGUACCACCAGGGCCUGGAGUCCAAAGCUUGCUGCCCGAGUUUCCUUGUGCAGUUGCAAUCGGUCCCCGUCUUGGGAAAUAAAUUUUAUUGUGAUGUCAAGGACAGCCGCUUCGUACUAGAGCUUAGGUGACAACAGUAAGCAAAGAAGCAGCAUCUGCAUGCACGAAAUUUAUUGGGAUGGGAGGAGGGAAAGAUAAAGAUGCGAGACACUGGAUGCAAAUGUGAAUGUCUUGCAACUAUGCUUAAUGAGUGUUGCACAAUGUAAUGAAGCUGUGCUAUCCUGCUGCUGUACUUUAGGAACUAUGAUGGGGCCACAAAUCAGUGAGGAGAAAGAAGUGACUAUAAAUGGAACUGCUCUCCUGACAAGAUUCUGUGACAGAUCUCCUUGAAGCCGCUGCUGGCACAGUUUGCUAUUUCUAGUGGCUUUCAAAGUACACCACAUGACAUUGCUGCUCUUCCUGAAGUGUUGUUUCUAUAGGGAAUAAAAAUAAGUUGUAUGAAAUUGAACAA